AUGCCUGGCCGGUGUAUAUUUCAGGACCUCGAGUGCCUUAUUAUCUCUCUCCUUCCACCCUUCUUGAUCAACUUGCUUGCUACAAGCCUCAACCAAUCUCUGAGCAUGUCCAACGGCGCCGAAACCACGGAUGGCUUUCUCGGCCUACCCACUGAGCUACGCUUGCAGAUUUACGGUUACAUCGCUGACACGGUUCCCAUCCCUACUUCUUCUACCAUGGAGCCUUAUCAAGGCCUAAUUCUCUCCUGCCGCCAAGUCUACCACGAGUUCGAGUCCGAGGCUGUCAAGUCUGUUAAUCAAUUCUUGAAGGCCUCCAAGGCAAAAUGGACGACCACUCUCUACGACGUUCUGAUACCGCAUAUCCAGACCUUCGUCGACACCAUAACUAUCACCAUCAAAAUUACCGGCCACAUCCCUCCGGCCAUCCAACUUCCACGUUAUCAUUGCAACCCCCUAUAUUAUCCGCACCUAGCAACACUCAUCCACAACUUCAUCGACAACUUACCAUCUUUUCGGCUGUGCAUGCUCAAAGUCGAUUCUCCCAUCGUCGAUGUCAGACUCAAGCGUAAAAGACACAAAGGUAUUCAGGAGCAAGCCGACCAGAGACAUCUCAGUUCCUAG